AGUUCUAUUUUGAGCUUUAAACUGAUAAGACGAGAUUUUUUUUUUCAUUAAAUAUUUAGAGAUUUUCUUGUGUUAUUAUUUUUUGUGUUUAGAUUUUUGUGCACACGUGCUAGAUCUUUUGAUAACAAUAAAUUUGUGACGUUAAUCUCGUUGCUAAGUUAGAUCAAAAUUCACACAACCGUAACUGAUAAAGCGAACGACGAUUGUGAUCGAGGAAACGACGUAGCAGACUUGGAAUUCCUUUAAUCUCUCUUAAACACAUUUUAUAUAACUUAGCAUUGCCAGCCAAAAUGAAUUCGAAUUCAACUGGCGGCUUCAUGCUGCAGACAAUGUUGUAUCUUGUUAAUCAUAACUCAACGACGCUUAUGAACACAAUUUACAAUGAGAAAGUUGAACCUUUAGAAGAUCCUUUGGAUACGAGAUGCUUUGGUGUUUAUGGAUGCUUUCCCGUGACUGGUCCGUGGAUGAUUGAGAAUCGACCACAAGCUCACCCUUUCAGCCCUUCAAUAAUCAACGUAAAAUAUCCAACAUUUACAGACAAAAACCGAAAUGUUCCGAUAUUCAUCGAUAUUAAUGAUCCCGAAACUAUCAUAAAAGUUGGAAUCAAUCCCAAUGCUCAUCUCUACGUGGUUGCACAUGGUUUUCUUGAGUCGGGAGAUCGACCAUGGCUUAGACAAAUAAUGAAUGCUUUACUAGAUUACGAGAAAGAUGCAACAGUAGUGGUUGUUGAUUGGAAAGGAGGCUCAUCGCCGCCAUAUUAUCAAGCUGUUGCCAACAUCAGAAUCAUUGGAAGCAUAACAGCUCAUGUUAUUUAUAGCAUAUAUGAAGAAACUGGUAUGAAGAAUCUUGAUAAAGUUCAUAUUAUUGGUCAUAGCUUAGGCGCACAUCUGGCUGGGUACGCUGGUUUUCAUCUUCAAAGAGAUUUCGGACUCAAACUUGACAGAAUCACUGCUUUGGAUCCGGCCGAGCCAUUUUUUGCCAACACUGACACUAUUGUUCGCUUAGAUCAAACAGAUGCUAAUUACGUGGAUGUCGUUCAUUCGGAUAUCGCAUAUUUUGUCAAUGGCGGUUUUGGGAUGAAGCAAAAAAUUGGUCACGUCGAUUUCUAUCCUAAUGGGGGAAGGGAACAACCGGGAUGUUCUACAAAGUCAUUACAAAUCGGAUGCAAUCAUGUCAGAUCUGUAAAGCUUUUCAUAGAAAGUAUUCAUUCAAAAUGUCCUUUUAUGUCGAUCUCUUGUGACUCAUAUGAAGCUUUUAAAAAGGGAAAAUGUCCGAGUUGUAAUCGUGAUGGAAAUUAUUGCAUUCGUUUUGGGUUUCAUAGUCGAAGAUACUUCCAGGGAAUAUUUAGUAUGGGAUUUUACAGUCAUGAACCGAUUGCUACUUAUCUUUUAACUAAUGACAAAGAACCAUAUUGCGCAGCUCAUUUUAAAGUUACUGUAAAAGUUUCAGGAUCUGAAGAAAGUGUUAUGCAUGGUGGUGAAUUUGGUUUUCUAUAUUUUAUGCUGAAAGGCUCAAACAACACACAAUCGAGAAAAAUUCAAUUCAAUCCAAUGCCAGUGUUCUUUUCACCAAAUAGCAAUCACACGUUUAUCGCAAUCGGUGACGACAUGGAAGACAUAAAAACUGUCUUCGUUGAAUACAAAUUCAAAUCGACUUUCAAUCCUCUAACAUGGCGAGUUUUUACUCCGAGAGUAUAUAUUCAAUAUAUCGCUAUAGAAUCAAUGGAGAGAAGCAUUUUCAUGACGUUUUGUCCGCAUCAUAAGUUGCCGGUGGAAGGGGAUCAAGGAGUUUUAUUCACAGAAGAUAGUUGUCAGUGGAAUAAAAAUCAUUGAAACUUUGUAGUUAUAACAUGCAAAACUAUUGUGAUAUGAAUGAAAACUAAAAUAAAAAAUAUUAUUUUGUAUUGAAAAUCUGCUUAA